AUGACCACCCCAGCAACCCAUCACCACCUGACCGUGGCGCCUCACCCUGCAAAGCGAAUCCCCUCUAACAGCAAAGAGGACGAGAUACCUGCGCUUCAACCAAACCCUCACUGUCUGCUCAAUGUGAACAACAGUAAUAACAGCGAGGAAAAGAAGGAGAAUGAGGAAAAGGAAAAAGAAGAAGAAGACGUAGAAGAAGAAGAAGAAGAAGAGCAGCAAGAAGACAUAGAGGAAGAAAAGGAAAAGGAAAAAGAUGAAGAAAAGGAAAAGGAAGCGGAAAAAGAAAAAGAAGAGGAUAAACAAAAAGAAGAAGAAAAAGAAAAGGAAAAAGAAAAAGAAAAGGACAAAGAAAAGGACAAGGACAAAGAUAAACCCAAAGAAUUGUUUGUCAUUAAUCCUGCUGGGAAUCUCUAUUACCAUUGGCUGUUCAUCAUCACACUGCCAGUCAUGUACAACUGGAUGACGAUCAUAGCCAGGGCUUGCUUUGAGGAGCUGCAGGACAACUACUUCAUGUACUGGAUUGUUUUGGACUACACCUCCGACCUGGUCUACCUGGCUGAUAUGUUCUUCAGGCUCAGAACAGGUUACCUGGAACAAGGUCUGAUGGUGAAAGAUGAGAAGCUGCUGCGGGAGCGCUACAUCAGCAGCUUCCAGUUUCGCCUCGAUGUUGUCUCCAUGCUGCCCACGGACGUCUUCUAUAUCGUCCUGGGCUUCAGCUACCCGGAGAUCCGCAUCAACAAACUGCUGAGAAUCGGGCGCAUGUUGGAGUUCUUCACGAGGACAGAGACCAAAACCAAUUACCCCAACAUCUUCCGCAUCGGAAACUUGAUCAUGUACAUCCUCAUUAUCAUCCACUGGAACGCCUGUUUCUACUUCUCUUUCUCCAAGUAUAUUGGUUUCGGGGCCGAUGACUGGGUUUACCCGGCUCUGGAUGAUCCAGAGCAGCCUGCGUUUGGACUGCCCAUGAGGAAGUAUGCAUUCAGCCUCUACUGGUCCACAAUGACCCUCACCACCAUCGGAGAAAUGCCACCACCAGCUGUGGAUUCAGAGUUUUUCUUCCAUGUGGCCGACUUCUUAGUUGGAGUCUUGAUUUUUGCCACAAUUGUAGGAAACAUCGCCACCAUGAUCUCCAACAUGAACGCUGCCCAGGCCCAGUUUCAGUCCCGAAUCGACAACAUCAAGCAAUAUAUGCGGGUUCGAAAAGUCAGCAAGGAGCUUGAGCUGCGAGUCAUCAAGUGGUUUGACUAUCUAUGGAACAAUGGUAAGGCGCAGGAUGAAAAUGAGGUGCUGCGGUACCUUCCAGACAAACUAAAGGCUGAAAUUGCCAUCCAGGUCCACAUGGCGACGCUAAAAAAAGUUCGUAUUUUUGCCGACUGCGAGGCUGGACUGCUGAUCGAGCUGGUGCUCAAGCUGCGGCCUCAAGUCUUCAGUCCCGGAGACUAUAUCUGCAAGAAGGGCGACAUCGGGCGCGAGAUGUAUAUCAUCAAAGAUGGGAAACUGGCAGUCGUUGCAGACGAUGGCGUCACGCAGUUUGUUGUCUUGGGAAGUGGCAGCUAUUUCGGUGAGAUCAGCAUCCUCAAUAUCAAAGGCAGCAAAGCAGGGAACAGGCGUACAGCCAAUAUCCGCAGCAUCGGAUACUCAGACCUAUUCUGCCUGUCCAAGGACGACCUGAUGGAGUCUCUGACCGAGUAUCCGGACGCUAAAGGCAUGCUGGAAGACAAAGGCCGGCAGAUCCUGAUGAAAGACGGUCUGAUCGAGCUGGACCCUGCUAACAUUUUGCCUGAGGUGCAAGAGCUGGAGGAGCAGGUCAACAGAUUGUAUAACACUAUGGAUUUGAUGCAGACCAAGCUGAAAAAAAUUCUGGGAAAAUACAAGAGCGCAGACAAAGCUCUGAGAUAUCGCAUCACAGACCUGGAGCGCCUGACGGGAGAGGAGGUAGAGGAGGAGGAAGACGAGGAAGAGGAGGUAAGAAAAGAUGAGAAGGAGGUGGAAGGGGAGACGAAGGAAGAGGAAAAAGCAGAAGAGGGGGAGAAAAAGGAAGACGAACAAAAAGGUGAAGAGGAAAAGACAGAGGAAGCUAAAGAUGAAGAUGGAAAGGGUGAUGAGGCAAAAGAAGAGGGAUAA